AUGGAUUUGAUCAGUGCCCUGCCAGUAGAUGGAAGACUUGAAAUUCUACAGCGUGUUCCUUUUGAAGAAGCAGCAAGAGCAGACAUCUUGUCGAGUACAAGCAUUUGGUCUGAUCGUCCACAACUUGUGUUUAAUAAGUUCUUGUUUGAAGAGCGCAGCAGAUGGAUUGCACUCGAUCUAACUGCAUGGGUGGACAGAGUGAACGAAACUAUCCGUCGUCACAACGGUCCCAUUGGAAACGUUAUUCUCCACGUUCCGGACAAACAAUUUAAAUGGGCUCCACAUAUUAACAUCUGGGUGUUUUCCCUGUCAAGGAAGAGCAUCGAGGGACUCACUGUGGAUAAUUGCCAAAAUGAUACAUACAAGAUCGGUUUUCUCUCUUCUUGCCUAAACUUGACAAGAUUGGAGCUCCGUAAUUGUAUUUUCAACCAAUCAUCUGGUGUUUUUCGGAAUCUCCAGCACAUUUAUCUUAAGAAAAUAGCAUUUGGUUCCGACCAAGUUGGUACUGUUAACCUCGAUGCCCCAUUGCUGGUGUCUUUAAAUCUUUCUUACUGUGUUGGCUUUAAAUAUUUGAAUGUCCAUGCUCCAAAUCUCAAAGUCGUUUCUGCCGUCAAUGAAUAUGACGCAAUUCUUGAUGACAAGGAUGAAUUUUCUUUAAGGGUUAGGCGGACAAAAUGCGAUGUCCAUUGGUUGUUCUGUGGUUGA